AUGGCGCAAGAUGCGUUUGCGCCGAAAGGGCUGGAAACCCUGUUAGUCAUGGGCAACAAAAUCACAGACAAAGGUGCUGUGAGUUUGUGGAAGCCAAUGCAGCUUGGCCGGCUUCGUUUGCUUCGGAGCUUCGGCAUUGGCAACGGGGUGAGUGAUGAAGGUCUGCAAAUGCUGGUGGAGGGUGGCCUUCAGGGCAAUUUGCCUGAGCUGUCGGAGCUACAUUUGACUGAGAACCCUUUGACGGACAAAGGCAUAGCCUCCUUGCUGCAAGCUCGAGAAGCUGGCGCACUGGAAUGCCUCUCUCAUGUUGGCUUAGAGGGCACAAGAACCAGUGCCCGUGCCCGGCGGGCAGUUCUGGACAUGCUGGAGAGGAGAGAAGACGAAGACGGCGAAGAACUUGGUGGUCGAAGUCAGCUAGAGCCAGAGGAAGAGGACCUGGGGGGCGAAGUUGGCUCGCAACUCCUGGAUGCGGAUGGCCAGCCACUGACAUGGGCACGUUGCUGGAGGAGACUUGGUAGAAGUACCUGGCGCAUUGUGGGAGCCUGCUGCACAUGGGGCUGCCAGCUUUGCUGUCCUGUUCUCUUUUUGAAUCAGCCAAAGCCGGCGCCUCCAGUGCCUGGAGAGCGCCCAAUGAAGAGCCGAGGACAAAUUCUGGGUUACCUGUGGAAGCUUUGUGCAGGUGUCGAUUUGACACCAGCAAAUUUGAGCAAGAUCCAGAAUUGGCGGCGAAGACUCUUCUUCAUUGAAGAAGCUGAGCGUGGCCUCUCUAUGCAGUAUGUGUCAGAGAAGUCUGACGGAUCAAACGUGUUGGCGUCACUAAUACGCUGCCGUGGCAGUAAGCGCGCUGUGGCAGGACUUUCUGAUCUAGAAGAGCUGCCAGCAGCGAUGCUUGAACCAGUCAGCUCUGACACCCGGUACAGUAUGCUCAGCAGUUUGAAACAGUACGAGCUUGCCUUCUUCGGUACAGCAGCAACUUGGUCAGUCCUCAAAGAGGGGAACACGGUGCUCUUUUGCCCUGGAGCUUUUCGAUACCAAAGAGUGGAAAAUGGGGUGCAAAUACACAAGGUGGCUCAGGGGGUUCAGUGGAGUGGACGCGACGUAACAGCAUCCGCAAUGUGGAUUCGCUUCAUACGUUUAAGAGCUGUUGGGGAAGACCUUGAGGGUCAACGCGGAGGACAGAGUGGCCUGGAUGGUACAGGUUGA